AUAACACGUGUCAUAAUAAACCUCUUUCAACUAUUUUUUUUUCUUGCAGUUUAUUCCAAAGCUCGCAGCUUUGGUACCUCUUGAAGCUCUGGGACAAGCAGAUCAUCCUGGUCCACAUCUGACAAUUGUCAAACUUCAGUCAGAGUCUGCAAGUUUUUGUGGGACACAUUCUACAUUCUUCUCACUAUGGAGGUCUUCUGUCACUGGUCUCUGAUCAUCAUAGCAGUACUCAAAGCCUGCAGAGUGCAUGCUCUGCUUCCAGUCCCCAUAAUCAGCUUGGAGGACAAGAUAAAAAUCAAUGAUGAGACAAAGGUCACCUGCAUGCUGCCAUCCAGUGAGUGCCAAUGUCUGGAGGUGGAACUAAGGAUCAUCACAGAGGAAAAACUCAAAAACUGUGUCUCUCACAAGGGAAAUUUCCCUAAUGUCACCUGUACACUGGAAGUCACCAAAGACAUGAAUGAGGUGGAGCUAUCCUGCGAGGCUCACUUCUGGACCAAGAGCAAACCCCAAAAGCUGAAUAUUCAGAAUGAGCCAGAGUUUACAGACUGCCCCGAUAAACUGCUUUGGCUAGAGGGACAGGAAAACAGCUUCCACUGUAAGGCCAAUGGAUACCCUCCUCCAAAAGUGUCCUGUGUGAAGGACAGCAAGGUGUACAUGGAGGGCGAGAAGUUCAUAACACUCAAAAACAUGUCCGGUGACUAUAAUUGCAGAGCAGCCAACUUUGAUGUGGUGUCAAAGACAGUAACGGUGUCUGUGCAAUAUGAACCUGUAAUAGCCAUCAUCAGAGUUCAACCAUCAGCCUCAGUAGCCGAAGGGGAAAAUGUGACUCUGAUUUGUGAAGCAGAUGCAGUACCCCCUCCAUCCUACAGCUGGCACACCCCCUCAGCCCCGGUUCUUUAUGAUCAUGACAACCGGACAAUACAAAUUAAGGACGCGAAGAGAGCACAUGAUGGAUUUUACACCUGCAUUGCACAAAACAAACAUGGAAUCCAAACCCUAAGUCAGAAAAUCACUGUAAAUGAACCAGAGAUUGUUCCAGAAACUGACCUCGGUAAAUUAUCUCACCCUGAUGUCGCUGAAAAGAUGGGACCUCCGCACUUCGGAUUCUUAGCGGUGUUAUAUUCAAGUUUCUAUUAUUUGUUUUAAUCUCUUGUGUUACUGGUUGAUGUACAAAGCAAUGUGCACUGUUACAUGUUCUACAUAGAAAAUGGAAUUAAACUUUCCUUUAAAAUA